GUCAUUUCAAACUCAAACGAGGUAGUCGACCACACAGCCACAAACAAGCAAAAACUGUCAAAAAGAUUACAACAUUAUCAGAUUGAAACCGAAGUGGAUUGGACGAAGAACGAGGCGUAAAAAGAAGAAAAGAAAAACAAAUACAGUAUAAAAGUGGAAUACACCGAUUGCAAGUGUUGUUUUAUUGAUACAACUUUUGUGCGGUGCAGAAGCUUUGCUGAACAGACCGGCGAUCAGUUUUUUUCACUACGAUUUCAAUUUUUGUUUACCCGUGUGUUUUUGUUUUUCCACAAAUUGAUUUGUAAAGAUUUGCGUGCCUUUUUUUUGCUAUUGCAAACAGUUUUGUUUUUAAAAUUGCAACAAUGUCUCGUGGACCGGCAGAGGAUCAAUUGAAUUUAUAUAAAAAAACAAUUAAGGAUGAAUCGACUGUAACAACAGCCACUGGGGCUCCAAUUGGUGUUAAAGAUGCAACUCAAUCGGUUGGACAUCGUGGACCAUUACUUCUUCAAGAUGUUAAUUUCUUGGAUGAAAUGUCACAUUUCGAUCGUGAACGUAUUCCGGAGCGUGUGGUUCAUGCAAAAGGUGCUGGUGCCUUUGGUUACUUCGAAUUGACCCAUCCGGAUAUUCAAAAAUAUUCGGCAGCAAAGGUGUUCAAUGCGGUGGGCAAGAAAACACCAGUUGCAAUUCGUUUUUCAACCGUUGGCGGUGAGAGCGGUUCAGCCGAUACGGUUCGUGAUCCACGUGGUUUUGCUGUAAAAUUCUAUACAGAUGACGGUAUUUGGGAUUUGGUUGGCAAUAAUACACCGAUUUUCUUUAUUCGUGAUCCGAUCCUAUUUCCCAGUUUUAUUCAUACACAAAAACGAAAUCCAGCCACUCAUUUAAAAGAUCCGGACAUGUUCUGGGACUUUAUUUCAUUGCGCCCGGAGACAACACAUCAAGUGUUGUUUUUGUUCUCGGAUCGUGGCAUACCCGAUGGCUAUCGUCAUAUGAACGGAUACGGUUCACAUACAUUCAAGCUUAUCAAUGAUAAAGGUGAACCAACUUACUGUAAAUUCCAUUUUAAAACCGAUCAAAAGAUCAAGAAUUUACCAGUUGAUCGUGCCAAUGAUCUAUCGGCCAACGAUCCGGACUACAGCAUUCGUGAUUUAUACAAUGCAAUUGCAAAAGGUGAUUGCCCAACAUGGUCGUUCAAAAUUCAAGUUAUGAGCUACGACGAAGCCCAAAAGGCAUCAUUCAAUCCAUUUGAUGUGACCAAAGUUUGGCCACAGGCCGAAUAUCCAUUAAUCCCAGUCGGAAAAAUGGUUUUGGAUCGCAAUCCAAACAAUUACUUUGCUGAGGUUGAACAGAUUGCAUUCAGUCCAGCCAAUUUGGUGCCAGGCAUCGAACCAUCACCAGACAAAAUGUUGCAAGGUCGUUUGUUCUCAUAUUCGGAUACGCAUCGUCAUCGUUUGGGACCAAAUCAUUUACAAUUGCCCGUCAAUUGUCCAUAUCGUGUUUCGACGAAGAAUUAUCAACGCGAUGGUGCUAUGUGUUUCACCGAUAAUCAAGCCGGCGCACCAAAUUAUUACCCGAACUCAUUUUGCGGACCACAAGAAUCCGAACGCGUCAAACAACUUAAUCCACCCGAACGUAUUACUGGUGAUGUUCAACGCAUUAGCACUCAACAUGAAGAUAAUUUCUCACAAGCAAGCAUUUUCUAUAACAAAGUUUUGGAUGCUGAUGCAAAAACUCGAUUGGUUAAUAACAUUUCCGGACAUUUGGCUGGUGCAUCACCAUUCAUUCAGGAGCGUGCUGUUAAAAACUUUACACAAGUCAGUAGCGAUUUGGGUAGUCGCAUCGCAACAAAUCUUAAACUCAAAACCUCAGCCAAUUUGUAAGCAAUAUAUUGCACAAAUGAUCAAAACGUUUAAAUGAUUCUAUCGAUUUAAAAAAAAAAGAAUAUUAAAAUAAAAAUACGACAAAAAAAAACACGUCUAUUCUAAUUCUAAA